CGAAACAUGGCGUUUUCCUUUUCGUUUGCCGGGGACGACAUAGAAGACGACGGAACGCAGCAGCAGCAGCAGCCGGAAAGCAAUGUCGUAGCAGGCGGCGGGCAAGACCAGGGACCUCGGGGCGGCAGCAGCACCAGCGCGUUCCCGGUGCAGGGCCGGGCGCAGCUGGCGGCCGAGCGCCACGACCUCGGGCGCAUGCUGGCGCAGCUGCCGUCCCGCAUCGCGUACGGCACGCUCGAGGUCGAGGCGCAGGGGGGAGGGGUUACGCGGCUGCCGCGGCGCGAGCUGUGGGACGUGCGCGUGCAGCUGGCGGCCGAGGACGAGGGCCUCACCGGCGGCGGCGGCGGCGGGCACGACGAGGCCGGGCUCGGGCAGCAUGACGUCCGCACCGGCAUCUACGAGGGCGGCUUCAAGAGCUGGGAGAGCAGCGUCGAUUUGGUCAAGGUCCUGGCCCGUCACGACAUGUCGCCCGCCCUGGCGCUGGCCAAGGGGCCUGUUAGGAUGAUCGAGCUCGGAUGCGGAACAGCACUGCCGUCGCUUGCCGUCUUCCAGUGGGCGGCCGCCCUGGAGGAGGCGGCGAGGUCCCCGCUGUCGCUGACGCUCGCCGACUACAACCCGUCGGUCCUCCAACUCGUGACGCUGCCCAACUUCAUCCUCGCGUGGGCGCUGCUGCGUCGGGGCGAGAGCGAGCUUCUCCAGGAGGCGCUGUCGUCCGAGGAGAACCUGGACGGCGGCGGAGAGCUCGAGCUGGACGACGAGGUCAAGGCCGCCUUUUUGUCAUUCCUCGAAACUUCAAACAUCUCGCUCUCCUUCGUCUCGGGCGGCUGGUCGCCGGCCUUCGUGGAGCUCCUCUACGAUGGGCUGGGCGCGCCUUUGCAGCAGCAGCAGCAGCAAGGCGGCAAUAGCAGCAGCACCCUAGUGGUGGGAGCCGAGACCAUCUACUCGCCCUUUGCGCUGGGCGCCUUCGCCGACACGCUGCUCGCGGUGCUCCGGAGGGAGCGGUCGGGCGGCGGCGGCAGCGCGACGAGCAUCGUGGCGGCCAAGAGGCUGUACUUUGGGGUCGGCGGGUCACUGGACGACUUCGUCGACAGGGUCGCGGGGGAGGGCGUCGACGUGCGCUGGCUGGCCGAGGAGACCGAGGGCGUGCGCCGCGGGGUCGUCCAGUGCUCACUGCCCUGAAGCGUCACACGACCAUCCCGCCGAGAAUAGGCUGGGGCGAAGUAGCUAGUCUAGACUUUUCGGUACCGACCUCGAUCAACAACCUGUUUCCAUCUAACGGGGCAGUGGCAAUAAAAAGGCCACAUAGGGACAUGGGAACACGCAAGUGACUUUAUCUGCAAUAUCUCGAUAAAAAGUGCUCAUCAAGCCACCUUCUCGGCACCAAGGACGCAUGGUACUUCCCCUCUUGGCGGCCGGUCGUCGGUG